AUCAUGGUUUCUCAGGGCAUCCAGAUCAUGGGUGUGCUGCUGGCAUUCAUCGGCUGGCUGGGCACCAUCAUCACCUGCGCUAUGCCCAUGUGGAGAGUCACCAAUUUCAUUGGGGCAAACAUUAUCACUGCCCAGGAGGUCUGGGAAGGCUUGUGGAUGAACUGUGUGGUGCAGAGCACGGGCCAAAUGCAGUGUAAGGUGUAUGACUCCAUGCUGACUCUACCUCAAAACCUGCAGGCUGCCAGGGCUAUGGUGGUCAUCUCUGUGAUCGUUGGGGUGUUUGGCGUCCUCAUGGCUAUGGUUGGAGGAAAGUGCACCAACUGCCUGGAGGAUGAAGUGGCCAAAGCCAAAGCCUGCAUCGUGUCUGGAGUGAUCUUUAUAAUAGCCGCCUUACUGAUCUUGAUCCCAGUGUCAUGGUCAGCUCACGCAGUGAUCAGUGACUUUUAUAACCCGCUGGUGAUUGAGGCUCAGAAGAGAGAGCUUGGGCCUGCGCUUUAUAUUGGCUGGAGCUCUGCCGGGCUGCUGCUGCUGGGAGGAGGCCUGCUGUGCAACAGCUGCCCCCCAAAAGAUGUCACAAUACCUUACAUACCUGCAAAGUUUGUCCCUGCAAGAACCACAUCAUCACAUGUGGGCUAUGUGUGAGUGUUUUAUUAAAAUGUGUUCAUGUUCUCACCAAAACGUUGCACAGGAGGAUAGAUUUCAUACACAUGUUGUUGCUAAGGCUGGCAUAAGCAAUGUAUAUGCAUACAUGUAGUUGGUUGAUUUGUAAAAAUAAUCAGAUUUUGAGGUACUUUCUAAACUCAGACAGCACAGUAAAAUGCCGUCCCAUGAAAUGUCUAAUUUUUUUUUUUUUCAGAGGAAAUGUGUCUCAAUCAAAGGUUGACAUAUGCUGUCAAUUAUCAGUUUUCACAUGGAAAUGUUUGUCUCAGAUUAAAUAUUAUAU